AUGCCCUUCCACCUCGAGAGCAGGAUCAACGACGUUUACCGAAGCUCAACAGCAACACUCCGGUGUGUUGAAGAGGGCCCUUCUGAGCUAUCAGCGGUUGCGCUUGAUGUCAGACAUCUGUCAGAGACUAUCGCGCUCUUUGCAGAUGCGACUAACCCGUCCGUCGCUCUCUUCGACAUGGCUACAAGAGAGCAAGCGUCAGAACUCUGGAGCGCUCUCGAAGCAUGCGAUCGCAACUUGACAAACAUUCGCAGCAUCUGGACAUCAUUCGCCCAGCUUGACUGGCAAGAGAGAUCACUAUUUGUAGCGGAUGCAUCUUUGUCAAAGGGAGGAUUGCGAUACUUGCAAUCGAAGCUUGUGAGCUAUGCCACUACACUCAAAAGUCUGCUAGUGAGCUUCAAAGUCUCGUCAACGACACUGAACUGGCCACCCAAUCUUGAUGUCCUUGGCAAUAUCCAGGCGGAGCUUUUGGCCGAAGGAGUACAGAUCGAUCACCUGCAGAAUCGCCAUAAUGAGAUAAAAGCGUAUGUCCGGUCGCUUGCUGUUGGUGAAGUUGGCGUACCUUUGCACGCCAGCUUCAGGUCAGACCCACCACAGACGAGUGGUCCGCCACCAAUGUUCGCGAAGUCAGAGAGACGGAGUUCUGCUACGACCAUGCCAACAAGCCGCCACGUUACAGACUUGGUAGACCAAUUCUCUUCGCUAUUCGAACCACGCGCAAUGCGCCGACCAUGGCUUGUUGGAAUAAUCAUCGCGGACAAUCUACCGGAGCAGUUAACCGAGAAAGCAGCAGUGAUCGAGACCAAGCGAAGAGCAUCAGUACCCUCCACGUAUCCUGCAGCAGUUGCACGCAAAGACUCCAUGGUCCCUACUGCAACAUCUUUUGUCUCGCGCUUGUCUACAGCAAUGGCGAAUAUGGCAUUCUCGGUCAGUCUGCAGAACAAACCUUAUAGCUCGCGGCCACCACCACCACGGUCAUCUUCUGCUGUGUUUAGAGGGUUGGCGAAUGAGGAACGUGCUACGGGUGACUGA